GGCCGGGUCGGGCGCGACGAGGUGCUGAGCGUCGGUGUGUCGUCAACGUGUGUGCGACGCGGGGAGAGUGCCGCCGCCAAGAAGCUUGUUGACCGAGGGGCGGGGGAGGUGGUUGUCCUCCUCCUGCUCUCGGGGCCCGCCGGCAGCAUGCAGAACGUCAUCAACACGGUGAAGGGGAAGGCCCUGGAGGUGGCCGAGUACCUCACCCCUGUGCUCAAGGAGUCAAAGUUCAAAGAAACUGGAGUAAUCACACCUGAAGAAUUUGUCGCAGCUGGAGAUCACUUAGUUCACCACUGUCCUACUUGGCAAUGGGCUUCAGGAGAAGAACUAAAAGUCAAGGCUUAUCUGCCAACAGACAAACAGUUUUUGGUAACUAAAAAUGUGCCAUGUUACAAAAGGUGUAAGCAGAUGGAGUACUCGGAUGAGCAGGAAGCAAUUAUAGAAGAAGAUGAUGGUGAUGGGGGAUGGGUAGACACUUUUCACAAUGCAGGUAUAGUGGGUGCAACAGAAGCAGUUAAGGAGAUCACACUAGACAGUAAGGAAAUUAUAAAUACAGCAGAUCAUUCAGCAUCUUGUGAAGAUGAUGAUGAUGAAGAUGAAGGAGAAGCUGCAGACAUGGAAGAGUAUGAAGAGAGUGGGCUAUUGGAGACAGAUGAUGCAACACUUGACACAAGACAGAUCGUAGAAGCUAACAAGGCUAAAGUUGAUGUUGGAGGGGAAGAUGCUAUUCUACAGACUAGAACUUACGACCUCUACAUCACUUACGACAAAUAUUACCAAACUCCAAGACUCUGGUUAUUUGGAUAUGAUGAGCAGCGGCAGCCUUUAACAGUAGAGCAUAUGUAUGAAGAUAUUAGCCAAGAUCAUGUCAAGAAAACGGUAACCAUUGAAAACCAUCCUCAUCUUCCUCCACCUCCCAUGUGCUCAGUUCACCCAUGCAGGCAUGCAGAAGUCAUGAAGAAAAUCAUUGAGACUGUUGCAGAAGGUGGGGGAGAACUUGGAGUUCACAUGUACCUUCUUAUUUUCUUGAAAUUUGUACAGGCAGUCAUUCCAACGAUAGAAUAUGACUACACAAGGCACUUUACAAUGUAACUAAAAUAAGAAGUGUCUCCUCUAAUUAUCAGAUCCUUUUUUAAAUAACCCAUCCAUGUGACUUAUACAACAUUAUACAUAAUUUCUGUAACUAACCUUUUAUCAAGUUGAUGCAUUAAAAUAAAAUGUUCCAUUACCAGCCUUUUUAAUAAAAAUCUUUGUGUGUAAUAUAAAUAAAUCACUUUCAUUCCUAUACAGACACUGCA